UUUCCCUCUCUGAUUGCCGAGUUAACAUUGUCAAACAAUUGCGGCCUUCUAACACAGAAAAGUAACAUAAUAAACAUUUCGCGCCUGAAGACCGCUAUCUCCCAAGGUCAAAGGCUUUGGCAAGCCCAAGCUCUACUCUCAACACCUAUUUGGACGCAAAAGUCUUCUACGUUGCUGUUCUGUUGCGGACUAGCGAUAAACAUAACGCGCCACAAAUACCUUCGGGUAUUAGGACCGGUUCCAGACGUUUGUUACUUCUCUGGCAGUCGGGUAGGGCACCCGCUUGAGAGGCAAGGCAACACGUCUUCCAGUUCGGAGAUGGAAUACUCUCCCAACUCGCCGUCAGCACCACAAGGCUCAGGUUUGCAAGCCGCAAGAAAAGCCCAAGUCCAACAACAGCCUUCAGCAAUGGACGUGAACACAGGUCCAGAUCCGAGGAGGGAGAUGCAGGAGGUUGUGAAAAUACUCAACAAGAUCAGACGAAACCUGAUGAAUGUGAAGCGGACGUGGGGAAUGGAAAGUCAGCAGUACAGAGAUGCCCUGGAAGUCAUGCAAGAUUUUCUGCGCGAGAAGGACGGCGUUUAUGAGCGGAUGGACCGGAUGCUCGAAGACAAGAGGAGGAUGAGACAGGACGGUUUUGGCAAUUCGGGAAUGGAGGUCGACUCUGGAAGGACUACGACUGAAAGGACAAUUGAACAGUUCCUAGCGGACUUGCAGAUCAGGUGAUUACCGCCUAGAUUGGCCCCAGACGGUCGCUGAUUCAAUCAAAAUGCUGUGCCACUUUGACCCUUUACCUUACGGUAUCAGUGCAGGUUUCUUGACGAUCGCCUCCGGAGAUGACGCUGCAGCUGCAAUGCUGUACAAAGAUGAGGUUAAUGCUGUUUGAGUUCACUCUGUCUCAUCUCCACGGCGACGAGCAUAGGUACAGCAUACGAGCACGAGUUCCAACUUCGACAUGAUGUUGGGGAGGACGCACGGCGGCGGGUACAGAAGUAGCUUUUUUGGGUCAUAGCAUGAUUC